UUCUACUUGUUCCUUAACUUAUACUAUCAACUCCACGACAACUGCUGGGCAGCUGAUUCAACGAUCUUUAUCACGAAAACCCCAUACAAAACGAAGUUACUCUCUACGAAAUCGAAAUGGCACUCCUUUCAGCAGAACACCUGGCCGGCCCAGGCUACAUCAUUCUCAACAUCCAGAGAGGUCUUAACAUCAUUGCGCUUGCUUCAGUGGUCGCUAGCAGCGUUGUCAUGCUCGUCAAGACUUUCAUCGUCUCAAAGUUUUUCUUCUUUGACGCGACAAGCCAUGUCAUAACAGCUAUCGCCGGCCUGUUCCUCAUCGUCUCCGAAUGCUCACUCUUCCGCAACUUCUUUGCUCGCAACUGGCCUCUCCUCAGCCCCAGUCAUGGUUUCGUGACUUUGGGCUGUACCAUGAUGGUUCUUGGACUCAACAUGUUGGGUAACAUGAACAAGGAGGCUACAAGCCAGAAGUCCUUGACUCUCCCAUUCUGGAGGCUCUUGGUGGCGUCGGGCAUUCUCGCCAUCGUCAUCGGUUUCUUCAACGUGAUUGCUAGUUUCGUCUUCUGUGACCGUUCGCGCGGCAUCACAGCCCGCCGCGUACGUUCGCGUGGUGCUAUGACUCUCUCUGAAGUCGACGCUGAGUCCAUGCAUUAUGACUUUGACCCCAAACACAAGGCCUUCACCAUCAGCUCGCAUCACACCGGCAGUGUGUCUUCUCGUUCGCACGUCGGUCAGUCACUACCCAUGCGAAACGGCACACCAUCUGUGCGCAACGGGACACCACCUAUGCGCAUGGGCUCGCCACCGGCAAUGGGCGCCCCCACACCCCGUGUUGACUGCGGUUCGCCUCAACUGGAGCCCCAGCACUCAAGCAACCGCCUCUCAGCCUUUGCGUUUAGCCCCAUGUCCGCCUUCAAGAGUGUCAGAGGCUCCUUCUUGCCCUCGUACCACAGCACCUCGCCACCUAAGCCAGGUUUCCUUGGCCGUCCUUCAUCUUCAAUUUACUCGCGCACUACGUACGGUGGUGAGCCCGCAAAGAAGAAGUUCUGGCAACGCAUGGCGAGAGAGGAGGAGCCUGAGGUGCCCCAAAUUCCAAAUGAGAUCUCCGGACCGAUGAACAUCAACCCGCAGUUCGCGCACUUGGUCAAGCCUAACCUUGCGCACCACCCUAGCAUCAGGAGGCCCGAGGUAGACUUUGACAAGAUCUGAAUAGCGAUAGCGGACAGUGAACGAGGAGCAGGCAAGCGCAAUGAUUACUUAUGAUACCACUUUUCUCUUUUAACUUCUUUUUACUUGGGCUCAAACAUGACAUACAUAGUACGGCAAGGGCAUCGGUGGAGUUACUCGUGCAUAAUGAAAACUUCAAUGUCUCCAACAUCAAGCCUUCCCAGUGAUGCCGUA